AUGCAAGCGUACAAUGAGCCGUUCAACUUCGACGUGGAGAAUGGCGCCAGCCCCGGCCGCAGCCCGCUGGACGGCGGCGCGUCGCCGUCGGCGGGGCUCGUGCUGCAGAACCUGCCGCAGCGCCGCGAGUCCUUCCUCUACCGCUCCGACUCGGACUUCGAGAUGUCGCCCAAGUCCAUGUCGCGCAACUCGUCCAUCGCCAGCGAAAGAUUCAAGGAGACUGAGACCGUGCUGGACCGCUCGUAUGUAUUUCUUAUUUCUCUCUUACUGUGCUUUCACGUAGAGCAGUGCCCCUUCUCCCCCUGA